AUGAGUGAGGUGGACGGGCGUCGCAAUCGUGCGAGAAGAGUGUGCUCCUCUUUGCACAAGCUCCUGUCAUGUGUUGACAAUCUUUGGCACAAGCUCCGGGUCAGUUGCAAGCGACGAAGAAAUUCGCAGAAGAGGGUGCUGUUUUACACUGCCCAGGGCAUUGGAAGCUUAUUUGUGAUGAUUGCAGCUAUCGUCUUGUACCAGAUCAUUUUGGCAACAGCCACCACCUUGAGUGAGACCUGUGGCAGUGACUCCAUACCAACGAAUGACACUGAUUUGAAAGCCCAAACCACUGCAGACCAAAGCUCCUUUCAAUGCAGUGGUGAUGCCUUUGGCCUAAGUGCAUGCGAAUAUGGGGAUUUGCUCAAUGUGGCCAACAUGAUGUAUGCAAACUUCUACGUCAAUGGUAUGCAGUUUCUGGUCUGCAUGCUGUUAAUCUACAGCCUCGGGAAGUUCACGCACUUGCCAGCAGAAAAGCUGCAGUUUGACAAGAAAAAUGCGUCCAGAUUGAUGAUGCUCUUCGGAGGCAUUUGCAAACAAGGCCCCUGGCUAUUCCGGCUCUUGCACUUUCUGCAGGGUAUCCGGAUUUUUGGAUCAUGGCUGAUGAUGGUUUUGGGCUACUGCCGUGGCAACCUGGCCUACAGUAGCUACUGCAUCGCAUACAGUGAAAACUGUGCGUACAACAAGGCCCGAAAUUGUCAGUACUACUAUGUCUAUUGCCAGCCUGAUGCAACUUUGCUCUUGGGUUGCUACACUGAAGCUGGUCGAGCGGCUUUCAGCGGGCGCAUGGACAUCCGGGUGCUUUCAGGUGUUCACUGCGUAGCCUGUGGCAUUCUUGAGGCGGACUUCGCCAACACCAUGUGA